CCCUCUUCCAGCACCCAGUCUCCCUCCCUCAAUCCCACCUUCCUGCUCCCUCGUCACCCCAUCUCUCUCCUGGAUCUCACACAAACCUUGACCACUUGAGAGAUGCUACUGCUUCUCUGCCAUUCCCUCCUGCUCAUCUUUGCUCAACAGUGCUUCAGCAGGGCGCAGAACAAUGGGCAGCUGCAAGCUCCUCAGGGUGGACGGGCUACGACAGAGAGACGCCAAUUCUGCCAGUGGCCCUGCAAGUGUCGGGAGAGACCUUACUGUGCCCCUGGUGUCAGCUCUGUCCUGGAUGGGUGCGGCUGCUGUAAGAGCUGCGCCCGACAAAUUGGAGAGCCGUGCAACGAGAGGGACGUGUGCGACCCACACAAGGGCAUGUACUGUGACUUCUCCGCAGACAAGCCAAGAUACGAGGUUGGAGUGUGUGCAUACAUGAUGGCGGUAGGCUGUGACCUGAAUGGGGUCCACUAUGAGAAUGGAGAAUCCUUCCAGUCCAGCCCCCUCUACAAGUGUACAUGCAUCGCUGGAGCCAUCGGCUGUACCCCUGCUUUCAUCCAGAAGCCUGCUGGUCUCUUAGGCUCUGCACCACUGAUCAGCAACACGCCAGCUGGCCUUCGCAGUGGCCAGAGCCCAAACAAGCACCAGCAGGACACUACCUACAUGUCAGGUUACAGGGACCCUCCUUUAGCCUGGAAGAGGAACUGCCUAAUCCAGACCACCCACUGGAGUCCCUGCUCCAAGACCUGUGGCCUGGGCAUCUCUGUACGUGUCAACAACGAUAACAGCAAGUGUGAGAUGAGGAAAGACCGCCGCCUGUGCCUGCUGCAACCGUGUGAGAAAAGCGUGCUCAGGAGUGUCAAGGUGCCAAAGGGAAAGACGUGCCGACCCAAAUUCCAGGCAAAGAAAGCAGAGAAGUUGACUCUCUCUGGCUGUACCAGCAACAAGAAGUUUAAGCCCACAUACUGCGGUGUGUGUACAGACAAGCGCUGCUGUGUCCCCAACAAGUCACGCAUGAUCAAGGUCAACUUCACCUGCAAAGGAGGCUCCAAUACACAGUGGAAGAUGCAGUGGAUAACGUCCUGUGUGUGUCAGAGGAAGUGCAACGAUCCGGGCGACAUGUUUUCUGACCUGCGUUUACUCUAAGGACCCCAAACGUCAGAGACGCAGAGUGGUGCAAGCCCCGCUGUGAGAAACUAAGGACUGAAACACACAUACACUUUAAUUCUCCCUUAGUAACAGUUUUGCACCUCCAAAAGGACAAAAACAAAACUAAUUUUGAGAAAGAAGAACAACAGAUCAUUAAAAAAACAAAACAAAGUUUUAUGGAGCACUCUUCAGGACAGGUAUGUGCACUAACAACAAGGAAUAUGGCCAGUGUACUAGCUUUAACAUUACCUCAUAACAGAACAAUCAGGGAGCUUGGAAAAGCAAAUAGAAGCUUUAGAGUAGAUUAAACUGAUGUUCUCUUUAAGUGCUGUUUGGAACACUUUGACCAUGCCAUAAAUUAGAUAACGUUGAUAUGUAAAAGCUUCAGUUCUGUGAGUUUGAUUCCCAGAUUCACAGCACAGCAGACCUUCAUCUGGCGAUGGAGAGUCUGGGUGCAUCAGGCGUGAGUCUGGCCUUGGUGGCAUCCAGAUGAUGAUAUUCUUCAAUCAGUGAGUUGAGAGAGGCAAUGGCCUCUGAGAAGAAGCUCUGCUCCAUCCCUUCUACAUGCAGGUAGUGGUGUAAGUGAGCCUAAAAUGAAAAAAACAAAACAUUAAACUGAGUCUGACUGAUGUGUUUGUCAGAUUUAGAGGCUGAUAUGCAUUUGCCAAUAAGCUUGAAGAAUAAACCUGAGAUAUCAUUUCACCUGAAGACAAA